AUGUUCCGGUCUUUGCCCUCCCGCAUUCAACUGACCGACAAGGAAGUACUUCACACCCUGCAAGAGGUCUAUAUCGACCGAGCCAUCCUCCGACGCCUCGACAGCAUAGCGAGGAUGAACGAUAUGGCUCCGAGCCAGCACGGCCUUUUGCAUCGAGAAGAAAGCCUACCGUCAUCGCUCUCACUUUCGUCAGACUUGCUUCUGUCCGAUAGGGAUAGGCGCGAUGCGAAUUGCUUGCUUGCAUCGAGCUCGCGAGAGAACUCGCCUUUUUGUCCCGACGACGCCGAUCAUGACGAGAGUCUUUCGUAUCAGAUGCGUAUACCCGCUCGCCUACUUCGUUCGAGAAGAAACCUGUCUCGUGGUGGUGGCCAGAGGUACAGGCAAGAGCUCACCUUCCUAACCGGUAGCUAUAACACACCCACCCCUGCGUCAAAACCAUUCUCUUUACUAAUAUAG